CGUGCCGGUCCCCAGCAUGGCGGCCGCCUGCCCUUUAGGUCAGGCUGCUGAAACAGUGGCCGUCCAGUUUCUGGGUUUCCUGUGGUUCGUGUCAGUCACCACGGGACCCUGGGGAGCUGCCGCCGCCGGGGGCGAGGAGCCGCUUAAGUGCGAGGACCUCAAAGUGGGACAAUAUAUUUGUAAAGGUCCAAAAAUAAAUGAUGCUACACAAGAACCAGUUAACUGUACAAACUAUACAGCUUAUGCUCCAUGUUUUCCAGCACCUAACAUAACUUGUAAGGAUUUCAGUGGCAAUGAAACACAUUUUACUGGAAACGAAGUUGGUUUUCUGAAGCCCAUAUAUUGCCGAAAUGUAAAUGGCUAUUCAUAUAAAGUGGCUGUUGCACUGUCUCUUUUUCUUGGAUGGUUGGGAGCAGAUCGAUUUUACCUUGGAUACCCUGCCUUGGGUUUGUUAAAGUUUUGCACCGUAGGGUUUUGCGGAAUUGGGAGCCUAAUUGAUUUCAUUCUUAUUUCAAUGCAGAUUGUUGGGCCUUCAGAUGGAAGCAGUUACAUUAUAGAUUAUUAUGGAACCAGACUUAUACGACUGAGUAUCACCAAUGAGACAUUUAGAAAAACACAGUUGUAUCCAUAAAUAUUUUUAAAAGAAACAGAUUGGGCCAUGUUGAUUUUAAUAGUGAGCUCUCAGUAUGUGGAUUUCCAGAUUUCCCUUUUUCCUUCUUCACAUACCAUUUUAUGGAUUCCAUAUCAUUCUUCGUUGUUGGUAAUGUUUUUGUUUUGUUGUUUUAGUUGAAAACAUUUUCUUCUGAGAUUUAUUUAAUAGGACUUUCUUUGAGAGCUGUAUAAUGAUGGUCGUUUUUAGGCUACUGUCUCUGUGAGAUAGAUAGCUUAUUACCCUAAUAUUCUUGAAUGUGUUUUCCAAAGGCAAGUUGCCACUUGUCAUUUUUUCCUUCUGAAAAAUAAAAGUGUGAUUUACUCACA